AUGGCCUCGUCCUCUUCAAAGCCUGAGGCUUCACCCUCGGAUGAGCACAUCUUUGCAAAUGCUUUCCAGGAUCUCGAUAUCCAGGGCGAAAAUGGUCUCACACCGAGCCAAGGCCCAAUCCAGCCAACCUCCGGCCCAUCACUAACAGCUACCACAACCACUACCAAUAACAACAAUACACAACAACAACAGCAAAAUCCUAGACGGCCUAAGCAAAAGAAGAAGCAGGAUCCGCCCAAGGUCUCGGAUCCGGAUGAGCCCCUUAUCACUCCGGUGGGAGAUCCGUGGCCCCGGCCCUACCACUUUGAAGGCGAUGGGCUGCGUCGGGUAUUACCAUACCACUACACUUACAAUACCCACUGCAAGGAGAGAUGGCGUAACAGACCCCUUCUCGAGAUCUAUGAAUCUGAGUUUAGGGACCGACCGCUCGACUACUAUCGGGAGUCUAUGAUACGGGGGAAAAUCUUUGUCAACGGUCGCCGCGUCGGACCCGAUUAUAUUCUUCGCAACGGUGACCUCAUCUCUCAUACCCUGCACCGUCAUGAACCUCCGGUCACUGAGGACCCUGUGCAGAUCAUUCAUGAGGAUGAAGAUAUGAUUGUCAUCAAUAAACCUGCUGGCGUUCCUGUUCAUCCCGCUGGUCGAUACAACUUCAAUUCGGUUGUCGAGAUCAUGAAGUCAGACCGCGGUCCGGCAUUCUUGCCAUACCUCUGCAACCGUCUGGACCGCCUCACAAGCGGCAUCAUGUUUAUUGCAAAGAAUCCAACUGCUGCGGAGGCGUUGGGCAUCAAGAUCAAGGAUCGCACAGUAAGGAAGGAAUACAUCGCUCGGGUAAUGGGCGAGUUUCCUGAUGGUGAGGUCGUUUGCGAUCAACCUAUCUUGCAGAUAUCCCCUAAACUGGGUCUCAACCGAGUACGUGCCAAUGGCAAGACCGCGCGGACUGUUUUCAAGAAACUAGCGUACUAUCCAGCAGACCAAGAUGAGGUUGUAGACGAACGUCCCAAGACACCUGAACAGCUUCAAGAUGAGAAGCAUCGCCCUUGGAUAAAUAAGAAGGGCUACUCGAUUGUUCGCUGUCUUCCCGUAACAGGCCGCACCCAUCAGUUGCGUGUCCACCUUCAACAUCUGGGUCAUCCUAUUCAAAAUGACCCUAUUUAUGCUAACCGGCGAGUCUGGGGCAUGGAGCUUGGUCAAAACGAUGCCGAUGCGACGCAGAACACGGACGAAGACAUCGUCAGUCGGCUGUCUCGGAUGGGCAAAGACGAAGUGGCCGAAGCCGUCGCUUACUACGACGCUAUGGUGGAUAAGUAUGAAGAGAAGAGGGCCGAGAAGCUGACAGGCGACCUCUGCGACGUAUGCCAGACACCUUUGUACUCGGACCCUGGCAGUCAUGAGCUGUCUCUGUGGCUCCACAGUCUUCGAUAUGAAGACGCAGGAGGCAGCUGGUCUUAUGUCAGCCCUCUGCCUCGAUGGGCUCUACCACCAGAGGGAAUGAGUGGUCCAACAUCGGUCGGUGGUAUGGAGGAAUUGGUCGAGGCCGUCAAAGAUGAGAAUCCCGAGAUAUCAUGA